GCUUAGGCUGAUGCAGGAGCUAAACGGAGGACAAUAAUAGUACCUCGGGAUAUAGGCUGAACACGGUAUUUCCAUCGCCUUUUCAGUGGGAAUGCAAUGAGAUACCAAACAAGGGAGGAACAAAAAGCAGUAAUAGCGCUUCAGGUGGGAUACGAUGCCGAAGAAUUGACAUUGGUCCAUAUCUACACUUUUUGCAAGAAAUAAACUUCGCUUUUGAAAAUGACAUUUCGCAGCAACUCCUUAAUGCCUUUCUCUAUCCAAGCCAUUUUGAACAAAAAAGAGUACAGUGGACACUUGCCAGAUUUGGACAUCUGCUUCUCGAAGACUGCGUGUUGGAAAAUAUUUGGGGAAAUGGAUACUGGUUCGGAGGACUUUCCCGCAUCGUGUAGAAGUGACGAGAAGGCUUGCAUGGUCAGCAAUCAGAAAAGUUACGACUCCGAUUCAGGUCUCAGUGACGACAAUGACAGCAAGACGCUGGCCGUUUGCAAGUCAGAGAAAAACAGGGAUCCUGUUUCAGACGUGCUGGAAGAAAGUUUGCAGGACGAAACGGACCAUGAAUCCAAUGCUGUCGAUAACGCAAAAGGUCUUAGUGACUGUGAACCUAGUGUUUCGGGUAAGUUUAUGCUGAUAUUUUUAGUGAGAUAUCGGAUAAUAGUUUGUAAACCCAUAAAUUGAAACCAUCAUUUGAUCUAGUAUUCUAAAAAUACUUUAUGUGGAAGAUCCAAGUCUAAUCCCUUAAAUCCCUUACAAAAAAAGAUUGCAGUUUUGAAACUGCAGUAAAAGUGGAGUAACUGCAGUCCACUGUGGUAUUUUGGACGCAGUAAUUGCAGAAUAACUGCAGUUAUACUGCACUCUAACUGCAGUUGCACUGCAAAAUUACUGCAGUAAAAAAAAGUAUUAUUAUUUUGGACGCAGUAUUUACAGCAUACUGCAGUUAUACUGCACUCUGCAAUUUUUUUCCCUAGGGGAUCAUUUCGUGGCUAUAGCCUAUGUGAUGAUAAACAGGCUAUUUUACUCGCAGGAUGCAACGCCUUUACGCAUGAGGCAGCAGGAUGUUAUGCCAUGGCAAACACAUUUUUAGGCCUUAUUUCAAUGUAUAUAUAUAUAUAUAUAUAUAUAUAUAUAUAUAUAUAUAUAUAUAUAUAUAUAUAUAUGUCAUUAACGUAUUAUAUGGCCGUGAUAGUGUGGUUUAUGAGGUGUGAGGUUAGAUUUCAGACAACCUUGGAUACAUUUUCAGAACUAAGGCCUAAAUGACGAUUCCAUCUUGUGCGCACUAUCUCUUCUUUUAGAUUCCAACAACGUAGAAGAUGCCAGUUGUGAUAAAAAAUCGGAUCAGCCCAAACAGAGGAAAAAACGCUCAAGGGCGGCGUUCUCCCACGCGCAAGUGUUCGAGCUCGAGCGGAGGUUCAAUCACCAGAGAUACCUAUCCGGACCGGAGAGAGCAGACCUGGCGGCCUCCCUGAAGCUGACAGAGACGCAGGUCAAAAUAUGGUUCCAGAACCGCAGAUAUAAAACAAAACGUCGUCAAAUGGCUGCCGACUUGAUUGUCUCGGCCCCUGCAGCAAAGAAAGUGGCUGUGAAAGUGUUAGUUCGAGACGACCAGAGACAGUACAACCCCGGAGAACUACUGCGGCAUCCUCUCCUCUCUCUCCAGCCGUCUUACUACUACCCCUACGCCUAUUGCCUCCCUGCAUGGACACACUCUACUUGUGCUGGGAAUCAAUGA